CAUACCUUCCCUCCCUAACCCACUUUACAUUUUUGUAUCUCCGUUGGAUCGAAUUCACGUGAAUUCGGUCUUACACAUUCUGAAUCAGGACACUUUGGAAGCAUGGACAAGGUGAAGAGGGUUGCAUCAGAGAAGGGUGUAGUGAUAUUCAGCAAGAGCUCAUGCUGUCUUUCCUAUGCUGUCAAAAUUCUUUUCCAAGAACUUGGGGUGGACCCUUGUGUUUAUGACAUUGAUCAGGAACCUGAUGGCAGGGAAAUGGAAAGGGCACUGGUUAGGUUGGGAUGUAGUGCACCUAUUCCUGCUGUUUUCAUCGGUGGAACCCUUAUAGGAUCCACCAAUGAAGUCAUGUCCCUCCACCUAAGCGGGACUCUGGUUCAACUUCUGAGGCCAUACCAGCAGUCUGUGUCUUAAUAUCCCAAAUCCCACGUAUCAAAUUUGGAAGAAUAACAAAUAUUGGCUCAAGUAUCAGUAGUCUAGUGUGCUUAAAUUGUUCUAAUACUGUCUGUCUAGUCAUCUGUUUCCUUUCAAGUAAUGAAAUUACCUUUAUAUGUC